AGAACAUCCCGACUACACUAUGGUAGACGUUGUGGAUCCAGGAGUAGUGAAAACUGGUUCUUACAAAUAUGAAGAUGGAACGCGAUACGUAGGAGAAUGGAACUCCAAAGGGCAGAAGCAUGGAAUGGGACAUUUGGUACUCCCUGAUGGUACAAGAUAUGAUGGUGCCAUGAUUGGCGGAUUGUGCUCUGGACUUGGGGUUAUGGCGUUUCCUGAUGGUGCAAAGUAUGAAGGCGAGUUCAUGCAAGGCUGGUUCCAUGGACAUGGUGUGUUCUGGCGAGCUGAUGGAAUGAAGUUUGAAGGGGAGUUCCGCGGGGGACGGGUUUGGGGCCUAGGUCUUGUCACUUUUAGCGACGGCAGCCACGGAUUCCCCAGGAACGAGGGUUUCUUCCAGGACUGUAGGCUGGUUCGACGGAAGCGAUGUCCGGAGGUGGUCCAACGAGCACAGAAGGUCGCAUACAUGGCUAGAGCGCAGUGUCAACAAAUUUAGACAAUUGUGUAGGGCAAUUUUUGGCACUGCAUGUACCUGGAGUAAUGUAUAGAUAGAAUAUCGGACUCAAUUGCAUUUUGCGAUUGUGACAGCUAACCGUAAUGACAAGUCUGUAUGUACAUUUAAAUUUAAAUAAAUUAAUGU